AUGUCGGCCGACUCUGCCGUUUCUAUUGCAUGGGAUCUCUUGAAGUGGGCAGUUACUGCAAUCAAGCGUCCAAUAAGAUACGUGAUGUCCUCCAAGAGCUUCGCCGACAGUCUUCAGGAGGAAGUCCAGAAUCUUGAUGACGAGGUUCGGAGGGUCAACGUUCUUGCGGAACAGGCCAGAAACAAUGUUCGGAAGUUCCAUGAUGUCUUCACGAGGUGGGAGAAAAAAUCUGACGAUGCUUUGAAGGAGGUGCGAGACCUGUUGGGCAACUUCGAAAAUGCGACCAAGACUUGCUGCUACGGGACUCUUCCUGACCCCAAAUGUCGCUAUCAGUUCAGCAGGAAGGCCGAGGGCAAGAUCAAGGUCAUUCAGGAACUGGCUCAAAAAUGCAGCGGAUUCAAAGAAUUGGACGACAUCUCCUUCAUCGAUCCUACUCCGGGAAAUGUCCCUGCUUUUUCUGCCUCGACGUCGUUUGUGCUUGGGGACGAUGGCGUUUUCGAGUCCAGAGCUAUGAUGAUACAGAACAUCAUGGACGCUCUUGCCAAUAACAUCAAUAGUGUGGUCGGGGUCUACGGGAUGGGUGGGGUCGGCAAGUCCACCCUUUUGGUGGAUGUCCAAAGGAUAAUAAAGAAAAGCAAGUCGUUUGAUCUGGUCGCUAAGGCUGACGUGUCGGAAAAUCCAGACAUCAAGACAAUUCAAGGAGAGCUUGCGGACGCCUUGGGCCUUACUGAAAUAAAGAACAAAGAGACUACCAACGGGCGAGCGGAACUUCUACACGAGAGGUUGAAAGACGAGGAGAAGAAGAACAAGAAGGUCCUCAUAAUACUGGACAACCUGUGGAAGGGGCUCGAGUUGAAAUCAGUCGGCAUUCCUUGCGGACGUGACAAUAAAGUCAUAGGAUGCAAGUUACUGUUGACAUCGAGAUUUCGAAAUGUUUUACAAAGUGAAAUGAGCUGCGACAAGGCCUUCGCCCUAGAUGGACUGGAGGAGAAAGAGGCAAAAAUAUUGUUUGAGAGGAUAGUGGGAGAAAAAGUUCAUAAUGACGAGUUCAGACCCUGGUGGAUGAAGCGCUCCACAGAUGUGCAGCCCUCUAUUGAAAACUUGGUGAGGUAUGGCUAUGGUUUGGGGAUAUUUCAAAAAGAUAGCAGAAUGGAAGAAGCUAGAGAUAGGUUGAGCACACUCAUCCGCACUCUUCAAGCCUCCUCCCUUCUGUUGGACAAUGAAGGCACGGAUGGGUUGAAGAUACAUGACUUGGUUCAUGACUUUGUUGCCCAGUCCAUUUUAAGAGAUCACCCUCUUCUCGUGCUGAAAGAUAAAGACAUGUUGACAACACAAUUGCAGAAUGAGAGGCUCAAAAGUUGUUCAGCGCUAUGCUUUCCAUAUAUUGACAUAAAGGAGCUUCCCAAAGAAUUAGAUUGUCCCGAAUUGCGCAUCUUUUUGCUUUUCAACAACAAUAUGUCUCUUGAGAUUCCAGAUUCAUUUUUCAACUCUAUGAAGAAACUUGCGAAUUGUUCGCUAGAGGAUGUGGCCAUUCUCGGCAAGCUAAAAGGGUUACAAGUUCUCAGCUGUGUGAACUCCAACUUUCAACGAUUGCCAAAAGAAAUUGGGCAACUAACAGAGCUGAGGUUGUUGGACUUGAACUAUUGUUUAAAUCUUCGGAUGAUUGAACCGGGUGUGCUUGGAAGAUUGAUCAAAUUGGAGGAGUUGUAUAUGGAGAAUAGCUUUAAUCAAUGGAAUCCUGUGGAGCAAACUCAACCAACUAAUGCCAGUCUGAUUGAGUUGAAUCACCUGAAGAAUCUUUGCACUCUACAUGUCUCCAUUCCCAAUCCAAAAGCGCUCCCAGAGGACCUAGAUGUCAAGAAAUUAACCAAGUAUAAAAUCCAGAUAGGUAAUGCACAUUGGAGAAAGGACCUAGGAUAG